UCCACAAAGGUUUGGCGGGAUGCGCGGGCAAACUUCCCCGGCCUUCCUGCCUGCCCUCCCUACAUGAGCGAGCCUGUGUUCGCCAGCCUCCUCUUUGAUGUGGGUUGCAUGGGGUGUGGCGCACUUGAUGCGAGCAGAACACUUUGGGAGUUUUGCCGCAGGUAUUGCGAGCGUUGUCAGUCACAACGGUCAGUUAUCGGACAACCUUCAUCGGCGUUGAUGUGCUCAUCUGAACACGCGUAG